AUGUGGGGACCGAGAAGCACGGCUCGAAGGAGCCACGCCAAAGGGCGCGAAGUUUUUCCCAAAAGCGCUCAACCCCAUCGUACAGAUCUCAACAUCGACACCACCGUCACCGCGGUGGACCAGCUCUACGCCACGCGUCCGAAGUGCGGCGGGGACCGUCGCGGAAGGGCCCGCGUCUACGUACAUAACAUACAGAAGGCGUCUCCGGAUCGGUGUGUCACAUUUCUCCGCGCGGAUGCUUCCCAGCGUGGGAAGGAAGGCGGAAGGGGUGGCUCCGGGCUUGUGAUCGGAAGCGCCAACGUUGACGAGCGGUCACGGGGGUACUGCGAGGAGUACGACCGUUCCGGCGCAGUUCGGGGUCGCGUAGGUUGGGUGAGCAAAACCGAUCUAUUUCGAACUUGUACAGCCCUGACGAUGGUUGGUGCGACGAGCGCCCAUUCUUGUAUGCUGAUCUCGGCUGGCCGUACAAGGGAACUGAAGAAGCGCUGA